AGCCACAGCCGCACUUGACAACCUGCAGUCCAGCUUUAAGCAAGUACAUUUCGAUAAAAGAGAAAAUAACGGAAAGCCCUAUUUAAAAUGCAGUACAGACAACUGGCAUUCCAACUGAUGGCCUGUUUAGCCACCUUUCAGCUGGUGCUUGGCUAUCCACAGGAACGUGAGCAUAUCCAAAGACUGAGUUCCAACAAUGAGGUGAGAGAUCAAGCCAUCACAUCCAGCGAAGCCCUGGACAAUCUCUAUAGCUACGAGAGAACUUUGAGUAGAUUGAGGAGAGCUCUGGAGGAGCUGGCCUAUGAGGAGGCAGCGGAUGACAUGGAGCUGGCCGAGAUCAAUGUGUUUCGACCCCUGUUCCGCUACCGUUCCCAGGUGGCCAGGCAGGUGCCAAAUCCCCAGCAGCAACAGCAACAGUUUGGCUAAUAAAAUAU